CUCUACCCUGACAUAUUGUCGUAUUAAAGCUUCUCCCUCUUUAUAAAAGAAUAGAGUGCUUGGAUAAAGCGUGUCAGAAGCCAAACACCGCCCUACCACCACCGUCUAUCCCCGGCGAUGGUGCCGGAAAAUCCCGACACACCACCACCUCCUACACCGUAACAAGUGCUAAAAUCUCCACAACAUUUGACAAUGGCACAAGCGAAACCCUCUUCCAACAACCAAUCUUCCGCACGCGAAUUUAAGCACCGAGUGCUCACAUGCCUCAACAAACUAUCCGACCGCGAUACACACUCCGCCGCCGCCACGGAGCUCGAAUCGAUUGCUAAAACCCUAAAUCAUGAUUCGAUCUCUCCGUUCCUAUCAUCCAUCUCCGCCACCGACUCAUCAGACAAAUCUCCCGUCCGUAAACAGUGCGUUCGCUUAAUCUCUACAUUAUCAGAAGCGCACGGAGAUGCGCUGUCUUCUCAUUUGUCAAAACUCCUUUCCGCCGUCAUACGACGCCUCCGUGAUCCCGAUACCGCCGUUCGCUCCGCUUGCGUCGCUGCCACAGGCUCCAUUGCCUCCCACGUUACUAAACCUCCGUUUACGUCGGUUGCUAAGCCUUUGGUUGAUGCUUUGGUUACGGAACAGGAGUUGAACUCUCAGAUCGGCGUAGCUCUGUGUUUAGCAUCGGCUGUUGAUGGCGCGCCAGAUCCGGAGCCGGUUUACUUGAGGAGGAUGCUACCGAGGAUUGAGAAACUGUUGAAGUGCGAUAGUUUUAAGGCUAAAUCCGCUUUGUUGACGUUGUUAGCGAGUGUGAUCGGAGUCGGUGCUGCAUCGAGUCCGGUAAUUGUGAGGAAUUUAGUCAAUGUUUUGGUAGAAUUCGUGGCGAAGAGCGAGGACUGGAGUGCUCGGAAAGCGGCAGCGGAGGCUCUAGAGAAAUUGGCUGUGGUAGAAACGGAUUUGUUAUCGGAAUACAAGACUCCGUGCUUGAAGACCUUUGAAGCCAAGAAGUUCGAUAAGGUGAAGAGUGUAAGGGAAACGAUGACUCAGAUGAUAGAAGCUUGGAAGGCAAUUCCCGAUUUGCCGGAGGAGGUAUUAACACCGCCGGAAUCACAAGCUUCUUCUAAAGGAGCUGAAGUUGCAAGUGAUGGAAGAUAUCCAGCAAGAACUCCUCAAACAUCCAGUAAAAGAAGUGUGCCCAAAGGUGGUUCUUCCACUACCACUACAUCAAGACGAGUUUCAUUGGAGAACAACACCAAGAAAACAGGUCCAGCAAUGUUUCGGAAGCUGGAUCGCAAGAAGCCCAACAAUCCAAAACUAUCCAUUACAGCUGCAACUCCAGUCUCUGAGGAUCCUAACAGACUUGCAAAACAAGAAACAAAACGAGCCCUCUUCAAUGAAAUCGUCGAUGAAGAAACACAUGAAUCCGAAUAUCAGAAUGCAAGGUUAAGCUCCACAGUUGUAGGGAGCAAUGUAACCGAAGAUAUCAACAAUAGCCACAAAGAUGGUGAAGAAUUAUCUUUGAUUCGCAAUCAACUUGUUCAAAUCGAAACCCAGCAGUCCAAUUUGGUUGAUCUCCUCCAGAAAUUUAUGGGGAGAUCAGAGAGUGGGAUGGUGUCUCUGGAGAGGCGUGUGCAUGGGCUGGAGUCAACCCUGGAGGAGAUUUCGUUUGACUUGGCAAGGUCAACUGGAAGGUUAUCCAAUCCAAAUCCGGAGCAUACAAAAACUGUGUGCUGCAGAUUACCUGGUGCACAAUAUUUGGCCUCUAAGCUAUGGAAGAAAACAGAAAUCCAAGAUUCAAAUGGUAGAAUCAGGAAUCAGGAGAAUAGGGGAUUCCAUUUCCGACGUCAGGGGUUAAUCAAGAAUCCGUUGGCUGAGGUCCGGCAUGGGAAGUCUGAGGUUUUGUGUGUUGGGGUAUGAUUAAUGAAUAAUGAUACUACUAUAUCAUAUCAUUUGUAUGUAAAUAUAGAAGCCUCUUGAGGUUAUGGAUAUGGGGAAGAAUAUUAUUAUAAAGAUUUGAAUUCAGUUGUAUGUUUUGUAUGUUGAUGAAAAACAUUUCUCA